AAAAAAAACGUAAGUGUUAAAAACAAGUUGGGAUAACGAAAAGCCUAUCUCAUUUCUUCAAACCUUAUCUUUCCUCAAAAAACACACAGAGACGAUGGCGUCGCUGCUAAUCGGAGCUCCUCCGCGACUCACCGUCCCAUCAUCUUCUAGAAGGUUAUCAUCAUCUCACUCGGAAACCGUCGGUGCAUCUCUCCCUCGCUUCACUCAGCAACUCUCUCUCUCCGCUUCGUCAUCACCCAGCUCAAUUCCACUUGUGUACUGCGGCCGAGGCGACCGCAAAACAGCGAGAGGAAAGCGUUUCAAUCACUCCUUCGGGAAUGCGAGGCCACGGAACAAGGAUAAAGGAAGAGGUCCGCAGAGAGUACCAGUCCCUCCUGCACCACCGAGGAAGGAUAAGUUUGAGAACGAUGAGAAGAUCAAAAUCGACAUUGACGAGUCCCUCUUCUCCAACUAGAGUCUUUCUUUCUUUCACUUCUUCUCGCUGUAAUUCUAUUUGAUUAGAAGAUGCUACUCUUUCUUCUUGUUAAACAUCUCUUUCUAUGAAACAUCUGCUUUCUUGUUUUCA